AAGUUAAUAAUAAUUCGCAUGUGCAACUUAAUCAAACUCCACCGAAAACUUGACAGCCUAAAUAUACCAACUUUCAGACCUUAGUCAAUACCAAGGGACUUUACUGCAUCAACCAAAACACAACACUAUACAAAAAUGCACGCUAAAACCGAUUCCGACGUAACCAGCUUAUCGGCGGCGUCACCCAACAGAUCUCCACCACGCCGCCCGGUUUACUACGUCCAAAGCCCAUCUCGUGAUUCCCACGAUGGUGAGAAAACCACGACGUCGUUUCACUCUACACCCGUUUUAAGCCCAAUGGGCUCACCUCCUCAUGCUCAUUCUUCUGUGGGUCAUCAUUCUCGUGAAUCUUCUUCGACCCGUUUCUCGGGCUCAUUCAAGCCCAAUAAUGGUUCCCGUAAGAUCUCCCCUAACGAUGCUGGAUCUGGAGGUGGGGGGAAAGGUGGGCAGAAAAAACAGCCAUGGAAGGAGUGUGAUGUAAUUGAAGAAGAAAAUCUUGUUGAUGAUGAGGAAAGUCAGAAACCUCUUUCUCGUAGAUGUUAUGUGCUUGCUUUUAUUUUGGGUUUCUUUGUUCUGUUCUCUUUCUUCGCUUUGAUUCUAUGGGGUGCUGCUCGUCCGCAAAAACCUAAAAUUACUGUCAAGAGUAUAAAAUUCGACAGAUUCAUAGUAUCAGCUGGAUCAGAUCAUACAGGGGUAGCAACAGAAAUGGCAUCAGUGAAUUCAACUCUAAAAUUUGUAUACAGAAACACAGCUACAUUUUUUGGUGUUCAUGUCACUUCCACUCCUUUAGAUCUAUCCUAUUCUCAAAUUACUGUUGCUACUGGAAGUCUGAAGAAAUUUUAUCAAUCAAGAAAGAGUCAAAAAACAGUAAGUGUACAAAUAUUUGGGGACAAAAUUCCACUAUAUGGAAGUGGUCAAACUUUGGUGGGUACAUCAACAGGAGUUCCAACAGCACCAGUAAAUAUGACACUAAGUUUUACAGUAAGAUCCAGAGCUUAUGUUUUAGGUCAAUUAGUAAAACCCAAAUUCUAUAAAACAAUUAAUUGUAAUGUUGUUUAUGAUCCGAAUCCUACUAAGAAAAGCCAUCCUAUUAACUUAAAGAAAGCUUGCACUUAUCAAUAAGCAUUUGAUUCUCAUUUUGUUCCGGAAAACUGAGGGUGACAGCCUGGUCAAGUUAACAUAAGAGUAUGAUUUGGUUUGGUGAAGAGCUGAUGACCCGACCCGACCCAUGGUUGUUGGGUUGACAUUUUUAUUUAUUGUUGAUGUAAUACAACUACAACACACAAAGGAGUGUUGUAAUUUCUUUAUGUAUAGGGGUAGUAGAAUCUAGAAGUAUUAUUUAUAUUUGUUGAUUUUGAUAUCUUUGUAAUUUUAUGGGUUUUUUAGAUUCAUAAUAUGAUAAAUAUAUUUUAUGGCGAGAAGAAACUAUGUUGAUGAUAUUGUAACUGAUUUAUUUGUUUAUGUAGUUGAUUUUAAUUUUUUGGAUUAAAACCUCGGUAUUAUUGUUGUUGUUGAGUGUUUU